ACAGCUAAAUGGCAAAUGUCUUUUGUGUCUCACUGGCCACCUGCGUCUCCCUGGUUUCUCCGGGUCUCGCUUCUGUUGGUGACUCCAGGUUUAGUGAGAAUCUGCCUGUUCAUGUGCUCUGCUGCACGCCCUGCAGUGCUGUUGCCAGCUCGUUUUGAGGGGAGCUCCACAACAGAGACCCGUUUCACCAUUCGACCAAAGGAUGAAGUGGCCCAGAACCAGCUAUGUGCUUUUGGAGAGUAUGUGGCUGAAAUUCUGCCCAAGUAUAUCCAGCAAGUCCAGGUGACCUGUUUCAAUGAAUUGGAGAUAUUUAUCCAUCCUGAUGGGAUUGUUCCAAUUCUGACUUUUCUUCGAGAUCACACCAAUGCCCAAUUUAAAUCCCUGGCUGAUUUGACUGCUGUUGAUGUCCCAACUCGACAAUACCGUUUCGAGAUUGUUUAUAAUCUCCUGUCUCUGCGCUUCAAUUCUCGGAUCCGUGUGAAGACGUACACAGAUGAGCUGACACCUGUUGAUUCAGCAGUGUCAGUGCACCAGGCAGCAAACUGGUAUGAAAGAGAGGUUUGGGACAUGUAUGGAGUCUUCUUUGCCAACCACCCUGACCUGAGACGAAUCCUAACAGACUAUGGGUUUGAGGGCCACCCAUUCCGGAAGGACUUUCCACUCUCCGGAUAUGUAGAGGUGCGCUAUGAUGAUGAGGUGAAACGGGUGGUGGCAGAGCCUGUGGAGCUGGCUCAGGAGUUCCGCAAAUUUGAUCUGAAUAGUCCCUGGGAGACAUUUCCUGCCUAUCGCACAGCUCCAGAGACCCUGAAACUAGAAGCAGGAGACAAGAAAGGAGAUGCAAAAUAACAGCAAGACAGAGAGGAUGCUGGGAACUUCCUGUGUGGCACUGACCUUCCUGUUCUCCCUUAAUAUUUAUAUGAAUAAAACCUGACAUGAGA